AUGGCCGGGAGACUUGAGAAGUGUUCCUCUUUGAUGGGAUUCGCUCUCCUCUGUCUAAAAAUGGUUACUUCAUCCAAAACAGCGCCUGAAAUACCAACUAUUGAUCAGGCAUAUUCAAAACUCAGCAAUAGCAUCACUGUAGAGUGGACUGCUGUGCCAGGGGCCACAAGUUACCUGCUCACAGCUGAAGAUGGGGACACAGUCAUUGAGACCACAGUGACCAGUUCCCCAGGCACUGUGACAGGCCUGAAGGCUGCGACCUUGUACCGAAUCACCAUCAGAUCCAUCAGUGCCUCUGGACAAAGCCAGGCGUCAUCUCCAAAGCAGGCGAAGACAGUGUUGGCGGCACCCAUUCUGGAAGUUGGCUCUCCAAGUCCAGACUCCAUCCUUGUGAGGUGGGAUGCCGUCUAUAUGGCAAUCGGCUUCUCUGUGUCUGUCAUGCGAGCCAAUGGCUUGGGGAGAAUUUGGAAGGAGAAUACUACAAACACCUCCUUGACCUUCAGCAGCCUGGAUGCUGGGACUCUCUAUACUAUAAAGGCCUACGCCUGGAAUGCCAAUGGAGUCCCUGGAGACGACUCCACCUGCAACCAGAGAACCAGUCCUCGCGCCCCUGCCAACAUUCAAGUCCUCUUUGAUAGUGGGGCCUUGAAGGCAUCUGUUUCCUGGACACCAACCGAAGGAGCGUUCAACUACACUGUGCUGGCGUCCAGCGAGUCUUCCCAGCGGAGCUGCAGCACGGCUCUCAGUUCUUGUAGCCUCAGUUCCCUGCAGUGCGGAACCGAGUACCUGAUUUCUGUCUCAGCCAGCAAUGACGCUGGCUCCAGCCGGUCCUCCUCUGCCGCGACCCUGAAGACUGUGGCUUGUGCACCUGGAAGAGUGACAAUCCAAGAAGCCCCUCCUGGUCACUUGUCUGUGGCUUGGUCUAAUGUAGAGCUGGGUGAUUACUACGUGGCGUUCGUGAAGAGCGACGACGGCCUGGAAGUACACUGCAAUACCUCCCUCACUCGGUGCCACUUCCUGUCUGAGUGCGGCUUCACGUACUUCAUUAGCGUAUUUGCCUAUAACACCGCGGGGCAGAGCCCCCUGGGCAACGUGUUUAACUACACCACAGCGCCUUGCUGUCCUAGCGACAUUAGCGCAGUGCUGGUGUCCAGCGACAGAGUGGAAAUCGCCUGGUCUCCUGUGCGCGGUGCUGAGCUCUACGAAACCAAGGCCAUAGCUGGGUACAGCGUGGUGGAGUGCAACGACACCGCUCCUGCUUGCACGCUCUCGGCUUUGGAUUGUGACACUAAGUACAACAUCACCGUGUACUCCUUCAGUGAGAUCCGGGGCAGCAAUCUGUCCUGCUCGUCACACUACAUCACCACGGCUCCUUGCAGUCCUGAAAUAAAACAUAUUUCAAAGGAUGCAUUCUCCACGAUUAAUGUGCACUGGCGAUCAACUAACGAAGGCGCCAUUUACACCGUGACUGCCCAGGGGAAGAAGGGGCUGUUCCAGUGCAGCAGCACAGGGGAGACCUGCAUGAUCGGGGGCCUGCCCUGCGGUUCCGUGUUCUCUGUCAGUGCUGUGGCCGAAACUCAGGCAGGAAAGAGCCUGCCCAGCUACAGUGUGCCCCUGGAAACAGUGCCAUGCUGUCCAGUUGGUCUGACGGCGGCGCAGGUCACCCAGUCUAUAAUCAACGUGAGCUGGACUAUCGGGACAGUGGCUCAGACCUACGUGGCAGUGCUCGAGUCACAGAUGGGACAGUCCAAGUGUCACACCCAUCAGAACCACUGCCUCCUGGGAUGCAUCGCAUGUGGCAUCAACUACACGGUGGCACUGAAAGCCAUUAGCCCCACUGGACUGACUGCAGACUGUGCCUACCAAAGUUAUUCUUCCAGUGCCUGCUGCCCACUGGGGGUCAAAUUAUAUAGGCUGGGCCCUAAUGGCAUCCGGAUCUACUGGCAAGCCUCCAGGGGCUCUGCCAAUUAUAGCACCGACCUCCAUGGGUCCAAAGGCAUCUUCACGUGUGUCCCAAGUGCUGGCUUAAGUUUCUGUGAUGUUACCGACAUCCCCUGUGGGGACGUAUACACUGUGAUGGUCUCGCCAGUUGCUGAAACAGGACUGAAGCUCACAUUCUGUCCAAAGAAAAUAUACUCAGUUACUUGUUCUGGAAGUACACUUGGGAUGGUGAUUUACAGAGGGAAGAGGAACGACACCGUGAGCCCCCGGUAG